AAUAGUAUUUAUACUUACUAAUAACUAACUCAUGAAUAAAGUUUUACAAACGAACAUAAAUUUGUUUGCAUUGUAAUAUACUUUUUACGUUUAUGUUUAUAUUGGAACCGUAAAUAUACAUUGUGGUAUACAUAAUUUGUGAAAAAGAUCAGCUGGAAUGUAAGUUGCAAGAUAGCAAGUGUUUGUAUCAUGACUAUAGAAUCUAACCUUAGUUACGAAUCAUUCAAAACAAAAACAAAUGGAGCUAGAGACAGUACUUCGAAAAUAUGCAACAGUGAAUAAAUUAGAAAUAAAAUCGGAAGAAAAUGAACAAAAGGAAGAUGAAUACUUUCAAAAGAUAUACGAACAAUGGAAGGGCGCCAAAGCUAAAGACAAAGAUUUAACUUAUAAAGUGAUUCCCAAAUUCUAUUUUAAGCUACCUAAAGAAGACGAAAUUUUGCCACAAAAAUUACGGGAAGAAACGCGAGCAUUAUUUUUACAAAGACGUUCCAGACAAUUGUUAGAUAACAACGAGCUUAAAGCAUUGUGGGUGUUAUUAGAUAAACAUCAUAGUCCACCUUUAUCAGGAGAAGAGCAAUUAAUUAAUUAUGAAGACUUUAAGAAAGUUGGUAAAUUAGCUGGGACAAAAUGUAGUCCAUAUUUUACUGCAGUUGUAUUUGCGAAAUUACAACAAGGUGAUCCUCAUGGUAGAAUUAGUAUAAUGGCAUUGUUUAACUAUGUUAUGAGGAAGGUUUGGUUACAUCAAACAAGAAUUGGUCUUUCUUUGUAUGAUGUUACUGGCCAAGGGUAUCUUAGAGAAUCAGAUUUAGAGAACUAUAUUUUAGAAUUAAUUCCAACAUUACCUCAGCUUGAAGGACUUGAAAAAUCAUUUCAUUCGUUUUAUGUUUGUACAGCAGUGAGGAAAUUUUUAUUUUUUCUCGAUCCUCUCAGAACUGGUAGAGUCAGAAUACAGGAUAUUCUAGCAUGUAGUUUUCUUGAUGAUCUCUUAGAAUUAAGAGAUGAAGAUUUACCUAAAGACUUGCAAGAAGCAAAUUGGUUUUCAGCUCCAUCAGCUCUUAAAGUUUAUGGACAAUAUUUAAAUCUUGAUAGAGAUCAUAAUGGGAUGCUCAACAAAGAAGAACUUGCAGGGUAUGGUACAGGAACAUUAACUGGAGUAUUUUUGGAAAGAGUAUUUCAAGAAUGCUUAACAUAUGAAGGAGAAAUGGAUUAUAAAACAUACCUAGACUUUGUUUUAGCGUUAGAAAAUCGGCACGAGCCUCAAAGCUUACAUUAUCUGUUUAGAAUUCUUGAUAUUAAUAAUCGUGGUUAUUUGGAUACUUUCUGCCUUAAUUAUUUUUUCCGCGCUAUACAAGAACAAAUGACAAUGCAUGGUCAAGAACCAGUAAGUUUUGAGGAUGUUAAAGAUGAAAUAUUCGAUAUGGUAAAACCAGCAGAUCCAUGUAAAAUUACAUUACAGGAUUUAUUGUCCUGUGGACAGGGCGAUACAAUGGUCAGUAUUUUGAUAGAAUUCCAUGGUUUUUGGGCAUAUGAAAACCGUGAAGCCAUGGCAGCUGAUACCGGAGAUGAAUCAUCUCAUGUUUAAAAGAUAAAGCUUCAUAAAAUAGAACACAUUCCUAUCUUCACAGAUUAAAUAUAUCUACAAUCAUGAAUAAUAUUUCAGAGAAGAAGAAAAUAGUUAUUUUCCUAACUCUAUAUUACAAUACAAAUUUUAAAAAUAUAUAUAAAAGUAUUUAAAUACAUUAAAUGAAAUAUUAUCCGUAACAAUUUGAAUAAAAAUAUUUUGUUACAAGGUGCUAUUUGCUUUAUUCAUUUAGUAUUAAUUUCUAAUAUUCAACAAAGAUGAAUUUUAUAUACAAGUAUUUAAAUACAUUAAAUGGAGUAUUAUCUGUAACAAUUUUAAUAAGAAUAUUUUGUUACAAAGUG